AUGAUGAUGCUGCAUUGCACUCGGCUUCUUGCCAAGAAACGGGUACCACCUCUGGGCUACAGUCGUAGAGACUUUUCAAAGAAGUUGCAUUCACCGCGGGCGUCAAAACCGUGGCGCGAUCGGCACGUUGUAUCUAGCGGGCAGAUUGAGGUCUCGACAAAUACCGAGCAUGAUACACAUGCGGAUCUCUCACCACGUCCUCCUCUUGGCAUUUAUGACGCAAGGAUCAGUUCUGUCGAGGACACCACAAUGGCAGCUACCCCGCAUGCGGUGCUGCCAGAAGCUUCGGAUGAUACAACUACUCUUCAUAGCAUGCUACGUGUCAAUCAUGAAAGAAAUUCGAGUAUUGCAGCGACAUCAUCUUCAGCAGGUUCGCUAGCGACGAUUCCAUUCGGGAAAGGCCUAGAGCUGAAGGUCGAUAACGUGAAGAAUUACGACGAAGGUCCGAUUCCCCUGCACCUGCAGCAGUUCCGUCGGUCUCGACGUGAGGUGGCGGAGUCUAUUCUUCUUCCUCGUCACAUCAACCGUCUGUUCCACAAAAUUAUGGGUUGGACGGAAGACGCUGUGGAAGUGGAGUCGGAGUUGGCGACAGUUGGCACCGGCACCGACGGCACCGCGAAAGCGGAUCAACUACAACCACAGAGGAAGAAGGACGCGCCGCUUUUGCGUAAAAAGUAUGCAGAACUUACCGAUAAAAUGAAAUACGGUGUGCUUCUGGAGAGUUACGAAAAGGACAAAUUUGCUAUUGAGCACCAAUUAGAGAUUGCUGGUGAACGGUUUGAGCGGAAAUUCCUUGAAUGGGAGGGAAUGCACGUGCUGGACCAGGAUUCCGCGGUUGCCAUGCAAGGAGUGCUGGAGAACAAGAGCUCCAUCGUCAUGGAUCUACCAUCCUCCUUUCACAUACCCGUCGUAAACCGCGAUUGCUGCAAAGGCUGUGGGGCACUCUUGCAGGACAAGGACGAGAAUGCAUUCGGGUAUGUGCGUCGAGGGGAUGUUGAAAGGUAUAUCAUGGACCGACAAGCCAAAAUGAAGGCUCGAGCAGAGUACGCGGAUCGGAUGUCAGAGCUGCAGGCUCACUGGAAAAAGCAUGGUCGCUGCGUCGGGGAAGAGUGGCUGGACUUUAUGACACAGGAGGAAUUUGAUGCCUUUUACAAGGAUCAAAGCAAACCCUUUGUUUGCCAUCGCUGUCACGCGUUGGAGAACCUCGGCGUCGAGGGUCGGCGUCGGAUUUGGUCGGCCCCAGAUUUCACAGAGAAGUUGCGGGCCCUGCGGGAAAGGAAGUGUGUGGUGGUGCUCGUUGUCGACAUCACUGACUUUCCUGGAUCAAUGGUGUAUGACCUUCCAGGUCUUAUUUCGAUGAACAACGAGGUUAUUAUUGCCGUAAAUAAAAUGGAUUGCAUUCGGAAUCGCUCCUUUAACUAUACGAACAAAGAUAGGGCAAUUGCCGCUCGACUAGUAACGGAACGGUAUGUACGUCGAUGGGUAACGAGCAUAGCUAUACAGUUUGGUCUGCCGCGCCAUCAGAUAAAAGAUGUUAUUCCCAUCUCUGCGAAACGCGGGUGGAAUGUUGAGGCACUUAUUGCAGCCGUGGAAGAGGCGUCAAAUCUGAAUCUGACGCGUCCGAUAAAGCCCAUGCCAACCUAUUUUGUGGGUGUAGCGAAUGUUGGUAAGUCUUCUGUCAUCAAUGCCAUCGCCCACAAGUUGUACAUCCCAGUUCCACCGCACCCGGAAAGUCGUAAAGUUUACUACACAAAAAAAGCCAAAGAUGGAACGGAAGCAGUUUUUUGGCGCUGGUAUACCCCCCCUAAUGUGAAUCAGGCGGAGAUGCUUGACAUUCCAUCACGCCAUGACAAAAAGGCAUCAAAGCUACUGACUGUGUCUUCCCUUCCAGGAACGACGGUGGAGGCAAAUGCAGUCCGUAUUUCGUUAACGAAAGGCGCACCAGGUGACACAGCGUACCUCUUUGAUACACCCGGACUUCUUCCUCACUGGCAUCAUUCUUCCCCUCUGACUUUGCUGCAGAUGCGCCGCACACUCAUUCGAAAGUAUCGAAAUCCACACUGUUUUAUACUGAUGCCUGGAAACACUCUGUUUUUUGGUGGUUUGGCAGCCAUCGAUGUGGUUAAGGGGACAUCGCGUGGGAUGCUGUUUAUGGUGUACACCUCUCAGAAGGUUCGCAGCGCGAUUAUAAAUACUGAGCGCUCUGAUGAAUUUUGGCAAGACCAACUUGGAAAGGCGUUGGAUCCGCCUGGUUCGUUAGAACAACUUGGUGAUCUUCGGUUAACAGAAUCUAAAAGUUACCUUUUUGAGUGCUACCCUCGACACCGUCGCCGUCCGAAGGCAGACGUAUACGUUUGUGGUAUUGGAUGGACUUCUUUCUGUGUGAAUGAGGCAUGCGACGUAGUGCUUCGUGUGCGGACACUGCCUGGUGUUAUCCAUGGCGUGCGAGAGCCGCUACGCUACAAGGACCUAUUGGCGUUUCGUGGUUGGCCCAAGUUGAAGCGUCGCUUCACCACUGCUGGUCUCCCUAACGAGGAGGGAGAAUGGGAGCACUCCAUCGCCACUGUCGUUCGCCUCACAGCGGGCGGAUCCGAUGGUCAGGCAGAUGCGACGGACGCCAGAGAGGGCGGAGAGGCACCGGUAGCGAAAUUGGUACGCAAAGCGAUGCUUCCGCGACACGCUUCUGCGUCAUCGACGGCUUUUGACGCCGUGUUGGCGGAUCUCACCUUGGGUGGGAGUUUCGCACUUACGAACGGGGCGGACUCAGAGAAGUAA